AUGCGGUCGCGUCGCGAUUGCCUUUCAGUGAAUCCCCGCCAAGCGGUCACAUCCUUCAUCUCAGCUGCAACAGGUUUAGCCGCAGUUACAGUUGGUACGAUCUACAUGUAUCGGUUGCCAGAGACUGCUUCAAAAGCCAAGAAACUAAUUAUUAUCCUCAUCAUAUAUGGUGUACUACAGGUUUUAUUAGCUACCGCAUUUUUUGUCACAUGUAUGCAAACGUCAAUUGCUGUCUCCAAAGGAGUAAAGGAUGCGUUUCAAAUUGUGGUUGGUUUAAUGGUCGCAUUGGUUUAUGUUGCAAUAUCGCUAGUAUCAAUGGUUGUUGGAAUAUAUGGUUUUUACAAAACGCUGGCAAUACUUAGCUAUGUGGAAUAUCUGGAUACCACAUCACUACUGUACUGUCCACAAGUCGUCUUCUAUACGUCACUCAUUGUUUUCGUCUUACACAUCAUUCUAAUAAUCAGUAAAUGUUGUUGUUGUAAAUAA